UUGUCAUUUAGUAUAACCAUAUAAUAAAUAAUAAUAAUACAAUUGUAACUUAAUUUUAUACUUUAUGUACACAUAUAAUUAUUAUAAUGUAUUUACAACGUUUUCUCUUAUUAUUAUUAUUUUUAUUGUAUUAUACAUGUUUAUGCUGUAAUUAUUCAUCCAUUCGACGCUUGUUUAAAUUUAUUCUAUAAUUAUUUUACUCAGUACCUAAUAUCUUUUGUCUUAAUAUUCUAAAUAAACUCAUAAAACGGGCAGUCCGCUUUAUUUUUAUAUAAAAUGAAAAUUUUUCAUGCACUCUAGUAAAAAAUAUUAAAAUUAAAAUUAGAUACAUAAUAUCUUGCACUUAGCGUAUCUAUAGGUUACGCAUUGUUGAAGAGGUAAGAUUAUGUGAAGCCAAUUGUGUGUUUAAUGAAACGAAAAACAUUAUGUACAGUUUAGCGUAGCGUUAUAUAGAAAAGUAUUUUUGAAAUAUAUUUAUGAAUAAGUUAAUAAUGUCGAAAAUAAAAUUCAUAUUGCGUUUUGAAGUAGUUUGGUUGUUGUGGAGUGCUCCGAUGAUUAUACAACGAUGUAAAACUGUAUGCAAGAAACAUUACAAUACUUUAAUUAAUUACGAUUAAAAACGAAAACGCUUUUCAAAAUUACACUACACGAAGUAAAGCGUAUAAAGUAAUUUAAGUUUUGACAUGAGCAAAUAUUAAUUAUACACUGUAAGAUUGUUUUAUGCAGCUCCUCUGAUUAUUUAUUUUACUGAAAUGAUUUAAGUUCAUUGGAAGGAAACCUAUUAACGUAUCCCAAGAUACAAAUUAUAACGUGUAUGUUUUAACGAUGGUGCCAAUUAAGGUAUAUUUAUUAUCAUUAUUAAAAUAAUGAUACGGCGGAAUGCAACUGACCCAUCACAAGACGCUGAAAUAAAAAUGGAGCCCGAACUCGAGGAGAACGUUAUUGAUUAUACGGAUAUGUCAACUAAAGAAAAAUUGAAAAAACUGAGUGAACAGCUUCAGAAAAUUGACUCACUCUUACCACGUGAAGACUAUUUAAAUGAUAUGCAAAAACGGUUAAUCGGGUUAAAACGGUUGAAAAAUAAAAUUGAUAUGUUUUACGAAGCAGAACGGAAAUUGCUUGUAGAUGCUAUUAAUUGGUUAGAAAAACCCGAAGAGAAUCGUGGGAAAUUUAAAAUGAAUUUAUCGAAUAGAGAUGGAUCUAAUAUUUUAACGAUUGAGCAAGUUAAUGAAACGGUUGAGUUAAUGAGAAUUAUAGCAGACGGUCAUGACUGGGAUGAAAUAAAUCAAAUUUUUUCAAAAGGUUUUUCCUAUUUGUUAAAACCAGUGGCAGAACAAAAAGAAAUUGAGUUGUUUACAGUACCAAACAUUAAAUUAAGUGAUUUAUUAAAUAAGGGAUACGUUGUUAUACAAUAUUGGCCUACCAUUAAACCUUACUUUGGUAUUAUUUUAAACGAACUAAACGAAGUAGCAAAAUAUUGGUAUGUUAUAUUAAAUUUGGCGUACUUGACUUUAACCGAUCAAGAAACUAUAAAGAAAAUCAUAGAAACACAACAAAAAGUGUUACAAAAGUUUGUUAAUAUUAAUGUUAUAGUAGAUAUAAAAUCUGACAUUAGUACAAUAGUUAUUAAUUUCAUACCCGGAAAUCUGGACAAAUUUAAUAGGUUUUUUACGUUACUAAAAAAUCGUAUUCAAUCGUUAUUUGAUAUCGAACAGUGGUCACCAUAGAAUGCAGAAUAAAAUAUAACAAACCCUUUAUUACUCAAAAAAUUUUACUAAAAAAACCAAUCAAGUUAAUUAUUUGAUACUAACAAUAUAGCACAAUAUAUUUUUUUGAAGUUAUUAUUAUUAUUAUUAUAUUGAACCAAUAAAUUUAUUUAAAAUGUUGCGGAUUACUAUUAUUAUUUUAUUUAUUUUAAAGUAAAUUAUUAUUUAUUUUAAAAUAACUGGUUCAUGUACAUUAUUUGAACAAUAAUAGACAGAUAUGUUGCGAAAAGCUCUUGUGAUACAAUACCAUACAAUAAUUCACAUAAAUCUUAGCUUAGUUGCACGGCCAUGUGUUGAAAACAACCCAAGACAGAUGAAUGUUAGGAUAAGGGAUUAGAAAAAGCAACCCUUUCUAACGAAUGGUGUGAAGGAAUAAUACAGAAUAUUAUUGUGUCGUCGCCGUUGUAAUAGCACAUGAGUAGUCAACAAAGUUCGAACAUAAUUGAAUGGGUAAAAUAUGCAAAUUACAACUUUGUUAUCUACACUAUGAGAACCAUAUCUUAAUCAUGGGUUACUACCUUAAUUAAACUCCUUAUGUUCUGCCUUGAUUUAAAGUGUUAGUUUUAAAAGUCACUUUAUACUUCACACUUGGAACGGUUUAAAUAUAACAACUAAAAUUUAUAUCAAAUCAAAAAAAUAAGACUCUAGAAUUUAAGUAUUUUAUAACAUUAUUAUAUUGAAUACAUAAUAUUCCU